AUGUCGGAUGUAUUGUUUGGACCGGAUGGGGAUCCCUUCUGGUUGAAUGUAAUGGAACAAGUGGGCGAUAGGGUGAAGUCAAGAGAGGGAAAUGCACAGUUGCGGGUUUGCUAUCAAACUGGGUAUAGCAGUGCCAUGCCAUCACUGCACCGAAAUACUUCGGUUUCUGGAGAGCCCCGUAAAGGACGUCAUUUUUGA